AAAUACAUUCAACGACCAGGAGAAAAAACCACGCACAGAUGUAGUCCUUCUAGAGAACUACAGUACGUAUUCAUCUCUUCCGUGUCAACAACAAGAAGUCGGCCAACUAUAUAUACUCUACAAUCAAGUAAUAACGAGGAGCUCUUUGGCCGGUGGUAGUUUUGGCCUGAGUUGGUGAUCGGCAUCAUGGAGGUGGUUAUGAACAUUCUCAAGACACCAGUGCCCAGUGGGGUGUCUAUGACCCUGGGCCUGUUCAUGAUCUUCCUGGCUCUGCUGUACUGGUAUGCUACGUUCCCCUAUUCGUCCCUGGCUCAAUGUGGAAUAAGGCACCCCAAACCGUCCCCAUUCUUUGGGAACCUGUUUCUAUUUCGUCAGGGCUUUUUCGGUGUUCACACAGACCUGAUUCACAAGUAUGGGAGAGUAUGUGGAUAUUAUCUAGGCAGGAGGCCCGUGGUGGUGGUAGCUGACCCUGAUAUGCUCAGACAGAUCAUGGUGAAGGACUUCAGCACCUUCCCCAACAGAAUGACAAUCCGUGCCGCUACUAAGCCCAUGAGUGACUGUCUGCUGAUGCUGAGGAACGAGCACUGGAAGAGAGUACGCAGCAUCCUCACCCCCUCCUUCAGCGCAGCCAAGAUGAAAGAGAUGGGUCCUCUGAUUAACACUGCUACUGACACCCUGCUCACCAACCUCAAUUGUCAUGCUGAGUCUGGAGAGAGCUUUGACAUUCACAGGUGUUUUGGCUGUUUCACCAUGGACGUGAUUGCCAGCGUUGCAUUUGGCACUCAGGUGGACUCUCAGAAGGACCCAGAUGACCCGUUCGUCCACCACGCCCAGAAGUUCUUCUCUUUCUCCUUCUUCACACCCAUCAUGUUCGUCUUCAUUGCGUUUCCAUUCCUGAUUCCUCUGGCCCGUUUCCUCCCCAACAAGAGGAGGGAUGAGAUGAACAACUUCUUCAUCAACUGCAUUCAGAAGAUCAUCAGACAGAGAGAUGAGCAGCCAGUUGAAGAGCGGCGGCGAGACUUCCUACAGCUGAUGCUGGAAACGCGGAACAGCAAGGAGUGUGUGUCGCUGGAGCACUUUGACGUGGUCAACCAUGCAGAUGAGCUGGCCCCCACACACACUCACACAAACCAGCAAGAAAAUGUUGACGGCAGCCAUGAGUCACCCAGCAGGCGCUCUCUCCAGACCCAGAAGAGGAUGAUGUCGGAUGAUGAGAUCGUGGGCCAGGCAUUUGUGUUCUUCUUGGCGGGGUAUGAGACCAGUAGCAACACACUGGCCUUCACCUGCUACCUCCUGGCUCUACACCCAGAGUGUCAGAGCAAACUGCAGGCUGAGGUGGAUGACUUCUUCACCAGAUAUGAUUCACCAGAUUACACCAAUGUCCAGGAGCUGAAAUAUCUUGACAUGGUCAUAUCAGAAGCUCUGCGCCUCUACCCGCCUGGUUUCAGGUUUGCCCGUGAAGUUGACGAGGACUGCAUGGUGAAUGGACAGUUCCUACCCAAGGGAGCCACCCUGGAGAUCCCUGCAGGCUAUCUGCACUAUGAUCCAGAGUACUGGCCCGAGCCAGAGAAGUUCAUCCCUGAGAGAUUCACAGUGGAGGCCAAGGCCAGCAGACACCCGUUUGUGUACCUGCCGUUUGGGGCGGGGCCCCGCAGCUGUGUCGGCAUGAGGCUGGCCCAGCUGGAGAUCAAGAUGGCCCUGGUGCAUGUCUUCAGGAAGUUCAACAUUGUGGCCUGCACAGACACCAAGGUUCCUCUGGAGUUGAAGUCUCACACCACUCUCGGACCCAAGAAUGGCAUCUAUGUGACAAUCACUAAAAGAGAGAUAGAGGGAGAACCGGCGACUCCCCCUGCAGGAGAAUAGCUCUGUUCUGUAUCUGCUUUCUAGAACGUAGUGUGAUUUCUAUGAAACAGAUACAUUAUCCAUCCAGUGACUGCUUAUUUUAAGGCUAAAAAUAAAGUAACAUUAACCUAGCCUGGUCCCAGAUCUGUUUGUGCUGUCUUGCUAACCUCUAUGGUUAUUAUCACACUUUUGGCAUCCCUUUACAUAAGAGAGUUGGCAAUAAAGCACAAACAGAUCUGAGACCAGGCUAGCAUUAACCUCUUCUUUAACUUCUUUAACUACCAUUUUUAUUUUAUAAAAAAAAAAUACAUGGAUAGACAGGGCCACAUUCCAACAUGCAGACAUCAUUUACAAAUGAAGCAUCUGUGUUUAGUGAGUCCGCUAGAUUAGAGGCAGUAGGGAUGACCGUGAAUUGCACUAUUUUCCUGUUCUGCUAAGCUAUCAAAAUGUAACAAGUACAUUUGGGUGUCAGGGAAAAUGUGUGGAGUAAAGUACAUUAUUGAAAGUAAAAGUUGUCAAAAAUAAGUACAGAUACCCCCAAAAACUACUUCAGUAGUACUUUUUACUUAAGUACUUUAUGCAAUUGCUUCCAUGGUAAAUUACAAUUUGCACAGAAAAAGUGAGGUUGUGCCAGGGGCAGCUCACCUUUUUAAUCAGCCAAUGUACUGGAUGGAGGUCAAGCCCUCCAAGAGGUCCCUGCCAAUGGCACAAUGAUCGCCACGGUGAUUCUGCAGGACUAGAGAGAGGAGGAGGAGAAGCAUGCUGGGGGAACUGUGAGCUGGUGGGAGGGGGAAGACUGUGACAAACUUCUUAUAGAAAAAGAACAACAUUCCUUGAAAUCUGUAUACAUUCAUGUUGAUAUCCAUUAUUACUGAAGUCACAGCAAGACUGCAUUAAAGGGAAGGAAGGAUCAAUUCAUAGUAUAAUGUAUGUUAGAACAUGCCCAUUAACUAUUAAAGGGAUAGUUCAUUAAAAUUAAAAAUAUACAAUAUUGGUUUCCCUGUAAGUAGUCUAUGGAUAAGACCAUCCAUGCUUUAGUUUGGUUUACCUGUCCACUGUCUCCAAAUGCUAUGCAAUUACCUUGUCCAUAGACUUUUUACAGGGUAAAGUAAUCCAAAUGUUUUUGUCAUUUGGAUGGACUAUCCCUUUAAGGAUUUGUAUUGUCUCUCCCAACAGCUCUAUGGCUGGAAAGUGAGUCUUUGCAAGCAUCCUUGCAAUUAUCCAUCAUAAAAGUGUAGGCAUUGACUAAAUGUUAUAGGACCUCCCCCUCACAGAUUUCCAAAUCUUUCAUCUUUAAAAUGAAGCUGAUUUACAUGAAGGUAAUAGUAAUAAGAUCAUGACUCGAUGAGAGCUGAAAGCAAUAUCAGCUCACUCCAUUUCUCAUUUCCUCUUUAAGUUGAAAAGCUCUGAUGUUACUGUGUAUGAUUUCUUUAAGCUUGACUGUAUAGACUUUAAACCAAUGGGAUGGUUUUAAUUGUGUUGAUUUGGAGUGUUGCUCUGCAAUUUGAUGUUACAUAUUCAUUAAAUGUGAAAUUAAUAAUCAAAA